CGAACAUAAAAUGGAUUAAAUAUGUAAAAUAAUUGUCAAUCCAUUAAAGAAUAAAUCAGAAUUUUUAAUAUUCACCAUGGAUGAUCAAAUAAUCCCAGUUGAAUGUUCACAAUCAUUAGAUUCAAUCAUAUUACAUAAUUCAAAUGAUAAAGAUGUCAAGUGUCUUGAUGAUUGUGUUCAUUUAAAUACAAUUAAAUCAUCAAGUAUUAAUAUUACAUAUGAUAAAGUUGAAUUAUCAACUACCGCAUCACUUUCAUCUAGUCCUUCAUUAAAUCCAACUAGACAUCAAUUGAAUACAAGUAAACCAUCAAAUGAUUCUAAUUAUAGUUUAAUAAAUAGUUUUAAAAAACGUAUUAAACAACAUUUAACUUUAUCAAGAAAUUCUAGUUUAUAUAAAAGUAUGCAUGAUUUAUCAAUCUCACCAAAAAAAUUCAAUUACCCAUCAUCAUCCUCAUCAUCAACUACUACUACUACUACUACUACUACUCCUAAUAGUAAUAUAGUCAGUUUCAAUUCAUCAUCUAGUUCUAUUUCAUCAACCAAUGUAAAUAAAUUAAAUUUAACACAAGAUGUACCAGAUGAUAUAACUUCUAUACAAACUGAACAUGAAAAUGCAUUAAACACUGUCACAUCAUUUACUAAUGAACAAUUAUUAUUAUUACAAACAAGUUGGAGUAUAGUUAAACAACAUAUUGAAAAAAUUGGGGUCAUAACAUUUCUUGGAAUAUUUGAACAACAUUCAGACUUUCGUGAUGCAUUUACUGAAUUUCGAAAGAGGAAAUUCGUUGAUAUAAAACAUGAUCCAGCAAUGCAAGUUCACGGUUUACGCGUGUUAAGCGUAGUAGAUAAACUAAUUACCCGAUUGCCUAAAACUGAUGAUAUUGAAAAACAGUUAAUGAUGAUUGGAUCAAAACAUUGUCGAUACGUUCCAACAAUCGCACUGGUAUCUAGUGUUUCAGAGCAAUUAUGGGGUGCUAUAGAGCCUGUACUCAAAGAAGAAGGCUUAUGGUCAGCUGAUUUAGCGGUUACAUGGAAAUCAAUACUUGAUUAUUUGACUAGAACAGUAAAAUAUGGUUUAGCUAAAACAUUCCAUUCUACACACAAAUAGAAUAUAGAUAUUCUGUUUCAUUCAAAAUCCUAUAAUAUAAACGUCUUACAGAAGGCAAACUCUUCUGUAGAUAUUUAUGUCAAAUACAAAUAAACUGAAUAAAACCUUAAUGCUGCACAUCACUUGAGCUAUAAUAGUAAAGUAAAAUUUUCUUUCCAAC